UUCUUUUGGGUGAGGAAAGAAGAAGAGACCAAGUUAUAUGGUCCUGUUGUCUGAUUAAUUUAUGAUGGAAACUUCUCUCAGCUAAUCAAUAAACAGGAGUUAUAGAAAAAUGGAUGAUUGAAAUCACAAGACCUGUCUUCCUCAGUGCCUCAAACCAAUUUAAGUUUUGUUUUGGUACAAAGCUAGGCAGCAGCCUCCCCAUAGCCAUCACCAUUCACCACCAUAAUUUGUGAAAAGAAACUUUCAAUAUUCAAAGACAAGAAGAUGGGAAGGGCUCCUUGCUGUGACAAGGCUAAUGUGAAAAAAGGGCCCUGGUCUCCUGAAGAAGAUGCAAAGCUGAAAGAGUACAUAGAGAAACAUGGGACAGGAGCGAACUGGAUUGCUCUCCCACAAAAAGCUGGUCUAAGGAGAUGUGGGAAAAGUUGCAGAUUAAGAUGGCUUAACUAUCUCAGGCCUAAUAUUAAACAUGGAGAGUUCUCUGAUGAUGAAGAUAGGUUAAUCUGCACUCUCUUUUCAAGCAUUGGUAGCAGGUGGUCAAUUAUAGCAGCUCAGUUGCCAGGCAGGACUGACAAUGAUAUCAAAAACUACUGGAACACAAAGCUAAAGAAGAAACUUUUUGGCAUGGUUCCCCAAUCUCAAAGAAAAACUCAUCACAUUCACAAUGCUAGCUUCUCAUCUCUUCUUCAAUCAUUUUCACCUCCAUCCCCAUCCCCAUCACCUUCUUUGCCAUCACCAUCACCAUCAUCAACAAUACUCUACAAUUGCAACAACAACACUUACCACACACCAGGUAGAUCUUUUCCAAACUUUGAAGUAUCAUAUUCCUCAAGUUUCUCAAACAGCAGUGCUUCUUGUAUAACUGCUGCUUCAGUUCUUCAACCCCCCCAGGAGACUUUAUUGGGUCCCAUGAAGCAUUAUCAGCUGCAGGAUGGUCUCCGAAAGUUUGGGGGUGAAGCUAGUUGUAGUUCUUCUGAUGGAAGUUGCAGCAACCAAAUCAGCAAGACCAAAGAAUUAGAGAAUGAAUAUGGUGGUGCCACUGGUAACAAUGGUGCAAAUAAUGGUGACCAACAAAUUGGCAUGCACAGCUAUAAUUUCAAUAAUGAAGCUGAUGAAAACCAGAAGCUUAUGGCAUCAAAUGGAGGUGAAGCUAAUGAAUGGUCUGAGAAGUCAUCAAAUGGAUUGUGGGAUGAAACACCAUUAGAUUAUGGGCUUGAGGAGAUCAAGCAGUUAAUUAGUACUACUAGUUGUAACAGCUUUAGUUUUGAUGAAAACAAGGCAGAGGAAAAAGUCAUGUACUAUUGAUCUGACUAUGACUGCGUGUAAAAUCAGAUGGAAUGGGCUCAAAGUUAUCAGAUUUCUGAUGGAAACAGUUUGUACAUGGCAAAAAAAGUUUCCUUUGUACUUUUUUUUUUUUUUUGAGAAAUUAUGUUAUUUGUUACUGAUCAGAGUUUAGCUGAAAUAUUCAGAAAUAAUUCAUUAUAUGUCAUGGAAACUAGAGAAGCCAUCAACUUUUCAAGGACCAAACUUGAAAACUAAGCAGAUAACUUCUUUAAUCCAAUUUUUAAUCAAUUUUCCAGAUCUAAAAUGUUU